AUGAAGUUUAAGGCAUUUCUAACCGAAAACGGUGUGAAUCUAUUAGAAAAGAGGUUUCUUCCUGCAUUCGAAAAAAUGGGGAAAAAUUGUUAUCUUUUCCUCACUAAAGAACACUUGUUCUUCCUUCAUAACCUUCUUAACGGUGAUGGAGUUCAAUGCAUUGCUCAGUUUCGUAAAGACGUUCUCUUCGAUGACUAUCGUAUAUCGAGUCAGAACGAAGACCGUAUCGCUUUCUCUUUAGAUGUUUCGCUUCUUUACCGAGCUGUGAAGAGUAGUGUUAGUAUUUGUACUGAGUUUAGCGGCGGAUUAGCUUCGAAUAGAUUGCAGAUUAAACUAGUGAAGAAGCUUCCUCCUAACUGUACGCAACCGAUGCCUUUCCUUACGUUUGAAACCAAAGGAUAUAAAUCCGCGGUUAUUCAAGAUGUUCCGAUAUCGAAACCGCUGUCUAGGUCUCAAGUUAUUGAGCUUCAGACUGCUCUUGACUCGGCUCAAGACUUGCCUCCGACUCUUGUUCAGGUACAAGAUCCGAAUCAGUUACAGAACUUUGUGGAUCAUAUGAAACAUGUUGGUGAUGUUCUUAAUGUUACAAUAAGCAAGUAUGGUGAUCUGCAAGUUCAAAUCUCGACGACUUUGAUUAGGCUCGGUUCUGAGUUCCAGAGGCUUUUGGUUAUCGGUGAGAAAUCUCAGGCUCCGGUUGAGGAUAGGAACUUAAGCGCUCAGAGUCGGUCAGAGAGAGCGAUGGCUAGAGGUGAUGCUCAGUCUGUGCAAGUGAGUGUAAAGCAUUUUUCGAAGAGUCUUCAAUGUCAGUUAACUAAACCAGAUUCUGCUUUCUAUGGGAUUGCUCCUCAAGGUGCUUGCUUGACGGUUAUCUUCCAGUUCAUGAUUCCCGGGACACGUCAAACCGAUAAAUCAAUCAGUCUGCAUUGCCGCCUUCCCGUGUUGGAUCCAGGUUCCAACUGA